AUUCUAUUUAUAUACCAACCACUUUAUGACCAGGAUUUGCAAAAUAAUGUAACAAGCAAGCGUUCGGGGGUUAAGAGUUGUAUAAAACGGGGAAGUGAAUUAUAAGGUGCUUAGAAAUGAAUACUUUUCUGAUAUCUUUAUUGAUUGGACUUGCGGUUCACGGAUUCCUGAUUGAAGGUCAAGAGUUAACCGAUUACCUUUGGGAUCAGACUAAAGAUGAACGCCAGGCUGCCCUAGAUUCCGUCUUCGUCAAGGCUAUAAGUAAUGUAACGCUCGAUCCCGUUGAAUUUGGUGCUUAUCUUGUCCAGGAUGCUAUAUAUCUAUAUUCGGUGAAGAAAAGCAUGGACAUGGCUGCGUCUAGAACAAAUGAAGAAACUGUUAAAGGGUUCUUACAAAAUUACGCUUCCAGACGAUACACAAGCCUGUACACUAAUGCCCUCAAAGAUUGGCAUAUACAAGACCCCAAUUCGAUCAUUUUGGGAAACGAAUGUCAAGACUACGUGGAUCACCUGUUCAACGUUGCAGAGACCAUGGACCCCGUUUAUUUCGUGGUUGCUAAUAUACCCUGUGAAAAACUGUGGCCAUGGAUCGGAGAACAAAUCGGAGUUGGCAAGAAACAUUUUGGCAUCUAUAAUAAGUGGGUGGAAGAAAAUUGGCCAGGAUCCUAACAUUAAUGUUCACCUUGAGUUUGAGAAGGUCGCAAAUGACGCAUUCAUCAACGGUAAAAUAACAAAGGAGAAAGCACUGGACGUGUACAGAAAGAGCAUGCGAGGAGAAGUGGAAUUUUUCAAUUCAGUGUUAUCUCCAGGCAAACAAACGCAAGAGGUGCACGAUGAGUUAUAAAUAAUGAAUUAUUGCAUUGCUGUAACAUAGAUAUAUAAUUAUACAGGUUGACAUUUCUAUACAGACACAGUGCAGUCCAGUUAAAGGAAAAACAAUAUCAAUAGAAAUGUAUUGGAAACACCACCAGCUAAUAUUUUGCUAGUAAUGAAAAUAUCUGUUACAUUGAUAUUUACGGGACAAGAACUGUUACACGGAGGAUAAAGUUCUUAUGAUAACUUGUCAGAAGUCCUACUGAUAAUUAAUUGUCACAGAGUUUCGCCUUCUCUAGGAAAGCUUUUGUAUAUACCGAAGAAACAUCGUCAAAAAUAACUGUUUUUAUCUUAAAAAAAAGAGUUUGAGUUGCUUAAAUUGAUGCUUAAGCUUGCCUUACAUAUUGUAUUAUGUGUCAAAAAACACUUUAUAGUGCAUUUUUCAUCGCCUAUUGUUGAAAAUCUGAUAGUUUUGAGUUAAAUUUCCAAAUUAUUUGCUUAUUCGUACAUAUUGACUUGUUUAUUUAUAAUCUUCUUCCUUGACAUACUGAAUUAGCAAACAUAUAACUUUUGGACACACCCAACUACGGAAAGAAUAUCUCGAUGAAAACUGCAUACAAAUCCAAAACAAAGAUGGGUAAUAUAGAGGAGAGUCAGGAGGGAAAAAUCACAUUUCGAUUUUAUAUUUAUUUUUUUUUAAAUGAAUUUUAUAUAACUGUUUAAAAAGUUGAAAACUAACCCUGCGAUUGACGCAUUUUCACAGUCACAUCUGGUGUUAUGCUUCACAUCUGGAGCAGCGGAAAUUCACAUAUACUUUUUACCGAUGCUCAUUUUUGACAUUCAUAUGGGGUUCCAUCCCGUGUAUAUGUAUUGUUUAAAGAUCCUGUAUGUUGUAUACGACGUGAAAUUAUAUAUAAUUUAUGUAAAUUAUUAUGCUUAUAAAACAAUUUUCAAACACCGAAGAAUAUGUAAAAUAUGCACUGCAAAUAUUUGUACUUAUUAUAUGUAACCAUUAGAAUAUAUGCAUUCUGUUCUUAUUGAUAAAUUUGACUUGGACAUUACAGUAUCGAACAUUUUUAUAACCUCCCUUUAUUUACAUGAAAUGUUAAACUCAGUAAUAUCUUUAUAAAUAAUGCUUUUUAGAAUUUACAAAAUUGAUAAAUCUUAAUUUGAGCAUCAUAUUUAUCAUAUAAACCAUAAAAAAAACUUGUGUUACAGGAUCUUUUACAAUUACAGCGAAAGUAGCAGAGUUUCUUCCACUAGGAUAUUAACAUAAGAGAAAUGCCCCUCAAACAUUGACAAAAGAAUUUACGUUUUACUGUGAAAACAAUGACAAUGUGCAUAGUAUUACUUUCGUACGUCUGGAUAAUCAUUCCUAACGUUACUCAGUUUAAAGCAAAAUAUAUUGCAUCCAAUCUUGAGUACAUAACAAUGUAUGAAGAUAUCUUCCGGUCUAUGGAGAGUCAUUCCAGUCAGAUGCCGGUCUAUGGAGAGUCAUUCCAGUCAGAUGCCGGUCUAUGGAGAGUCAUUCAAGUCAGGUGAUGCUUUAGUGGAUUCAAUAAAGAAAGGGUGACCUACAUCUAUUAUUAAAUACUUACAUGUAAUUUGUAUUGUCAUACCAUUGUAACAGAAAAGUCUACGUCUCUAUUGCAAAAAUUGACGCCUUUUACAACUUUACUUAUCGUUUGAAUACCUGAAGAUAACGUACCACCAUCUCAUUACAUUUAGAUAUAGGUAGUGCAUACAACUUCAUUAUUAUGCUGAAUUCCUUUUAUAUGCUUUUGUUUUGUCUACUUCAGACCGAGUACAUACUUAUUUAAUGAUCUCUUAAACUGCCAGGAAUAAUGUAUACAUGAAAACACCAUUCUUGAAAAUUGAAUUCAAAGCGCAUUUUAUCAUGUAAAUCAAUGAUCUAUAUCAAUCAUUUUCCAGUCUGCGAAAUCUGCGAUAGCAAAAAAUGCUAUAAUUGAAAAAAGGCACAAGAACUGAUUUAAGAAAAAAUGCCUAUACAAUCUGUCAUGGUCCUAAGUUUAAAUUUCAAUGUAAAACUUUACUUUUAAGGAUAAAUAAAUAUGCUUUAAAAUGU